AAAAGCGGCUCUCAGAGAUGAAAUGAGGGCGUCGGCGCCGCGCGCCGGGAUUUCCUCGACGCAGCCGCGUCUGGACCACCGUGGCGUAGAACUCCGGUUCACCAUAGUCCGCAAACAACUGGCCAGAUGACAUCCGCUUGGAAGCGCAGUUUACCGCUGGACGUUAACGAGCUAGUGCAACGGUGAUGACGGACGUCCAGUUCUUCGUCGGCUGCAUCGUGUUCGAUUGAUGACUGGAUUUCCACGGAGAAAUACACGGCAUGAAGUAUCUAAAGGUCGCCUUGUUCAUCUUCAACCUUUUAAUAUGGUUGGCCGGCUGUACGGUCCUCGUAAUGGGUGUUUGGCUCUUGUUGGGACCAAGCAACGACCAUCUCUUCAACCUUUUCGUCCCUGAUGUGACACCGCACGUGACCAUUCAUAUGGUUGCCUACAUUCUUCUUGGUCUCGGUAUCACCGUCGUCACAGUUAGCUUCUGCGGAUGUCGUGUUUCGUUUCACGAGAGCCAAUGCAUACUGGCAAUCUACAUGAGCGUCCUGAUCGCUCUGAUAGUGAUUGAACUGGUGAUAGCUGCGUUGGGUGGACUGAUGAUAUUCCGCGUGCUUUCCGGACUGGAGAAGAGACUUGGCGAACGCCUUUCUGACCACUAUGGCUACAACUCGAACAGCGACAUCUCGUUCAGUCGCAGUCUCGACUUUGCACAGUAUAAGUUUAAUUGCUGUGGAAUCCACAGUGAUGAAGACUACAACGACACAGCAUGGUGGAAAUAUAUCCAAGAAUCUCAAAGCAAGCGGCAACACGUCCCUUUGACGUGUUGUGUGCAGAACAUUGAGCCUGAAAACGCUGGAAGUCCAAUCAGCGUGGUGUCCAGAGUGUUUCACAGAAACGAUGACGAGCCGUGGGUUCAUCCUCAACCAAAAGACGAGCAGUCGUGUCAAAUUCCAGAUCCAGAAGGUCAUGCUAACUACAGAAAUAAAGAGGGCUGCCUUAAUAAAAUUAUCGCCUGGCUUCAAUUUCAAAGCUUCACCCUUGUGUUCCUGGCCAUGGCCAUGGCUGGUAUUCAAACAUUCGGUAUCAUCACCUCUGCCUUUCUCUGCCGCACUCUCAGAGAUAUGGACAUAGAUUGAAUGUGACUUGAUAGCCGACCGUUGCCCAUUCGUAGCGUCGAAAAUCUGAUGGAGUAGACCAGAUAAAUCGGCUUGCAUAUAAACUCAGUCAAAAAAGUGUCUCGUGUGAUGAUAACGCGUCUCGAUGCAGGCAAAACCUACGUUUACUGCUAUCAUUAAACACGUUAACAGAACGAACGAAUUACGUCCUUGUGCUAUUCAAGUAUGUCGAUAAGUCGUUGAACGUUACUUCAAACAAUGAUAAGAAAUACUUAUAUGCUGCGUUCACGCAGCGAUUAACUAGAAUGGUCAGUGCCACGGUCUUGUAUACAGGUGGUGGAGCCCAUUCCUUGGUUAUGGAGGGUAGUCGUAAAAUAAGAAGUAUCUCAUAUGGGUUUCCAACUGAAAAAGUGUCCAUGAAACGCAGGAAAUAGUGGUUUAACCUGUCGCCAGAAUGGCACUCAUAAGCAAUAAGUCUUCGAUCUGAUUGGUGCUUUGUGAAACUUUUGCUACAGCAACGCCAUAUUAAUUCCACUCUAUUUUAUGGACACUUUUUAUACACGUAAAUAGUCCUGGACAGUUUUUGGACGCCCCGAACAUCGAAAAUUGAGCGAAGUUUCCGAACCUGUAUACAAGACUUUUAUAAAAUAAUGAAUAUUACGUGAACCGCAGAUUUAAAUUCGACUAGCGUUGUUCUUGCUGUUAGUAGAGUC